UUAGGGGAGAUCACUCUGUGAUAAAAGCAGUGAAAGCAUUUUUAGUCGGACGAAAGUUACAGUUGUUAACAACGGGUGGAUGUAACCGUCCACAUACAGUUUAGAUGAGCAAACGAAAUGUGCUUAGAGUGCGUUAAAGAAGAAUUUCCAGAAAGGGAAACAACAUGUCUUGAAAGUGGUUCAUACCUGCUGAACUAUGCUGGGUGUCAAAACUGUAGUGCCAAAGAUUUGCAGAUCAUGAAUAGGAUUUGUACAGAAGAGGAUGAGGAGGAACUGAUCACAUACCAGCAUGUGUGCAGCCAAUGUAAUCAUGUUGUAGCCAAUCAUGAAUAUACAUUCAAAGUUGAAGGAGAAUAUCAGGAGUACGAAAUGUCCUGCAUGUUGUGUGGCAAUGGUGAAGACUCAAGGAGCAUUAUGCCCUAUGAUCCUCGAGGUCCAAAAACAUAAGAGUUGACAGAUCAAAUUUGCACAAGUCAUACAUAAUGUCCACCUAAUGACACAUGGAAUAGAUAUAUAUUGAAAUGAACUGCUUUUAUAUCAUGAUAGAAAGUUCUUACUAAUGAUGAUGAAUAGUAUUGAUUGGAUUUAGUUACCUUUCAGGUCCACAUUUAAAACAUUUUACACAUUUAGACAUUUAGUUGUGGAAUGUAUGGAAUUUAACUUCUUUGUGCCAGAAAUUAAACUUUACGUUUGAAGCUGUUAUAAAAAUAAUAAUGCAUGUUCUUUAUUGAAUAUAUGAGAAUACAAAGAGGCUGCUGUUUUGUAGUACAUAACUUUAUUUUGUAAAUUAAUUUAUCAUUCAUAAGACUGGGAAACCAUGGGUUGUGUUAAUGAUUGAGAUAUUUAGAAAUAUCAUGCCAAUAAAAUACAGUGUUGAAAGCAAAUAACUAUUGAUGGCUGAAUGUAUUAAAAUUAAAGAGUCAUCAUUCUAAUCGUCAUGAAAUGUGGGAUUUUAAUUUGCAGUGAUUAAUUAAAAGUAUUUAAUCUUCUAGCCUUUACUAUUCACAGCUGAAAGUUUUUUCCUCAUAUGACAAGAAGGUAUGUUUUUAAACUGACAAGUUUGAAUAUUUAAAGUGUUAAGGUGCCAGGUUUUAAAACCAACAAGGAGUUAAUAAAUUGAAUUAUCAGUAGCUCUUUGUUUUGGAAAUACUUCAUUACUGAUGUUUUUAUGUUAUGUGUUAUGAAGAUGGUGGAUUUUUAAUAAUAGUUUGUAUCAGUACAUCUGGUGACAUACUAAAAACUCAUGUACAAAUCAGACUAUUGAUCAUCUACUAGGUAAGGACUUAUGCCCUUUUAAAAAAUGUUUACAUUUCAUAUUUAAUGAAUAUUGUGCAAGUUGUUAGAUAUUUGUUUUGAAGUUUUCAGGUUUUUUUAUUUUUAGUGAACAGCUGUCUUGAAUAAUCAAUCUUAUUAUCUACAUCUUGAUCCAUAGGGUACAAAAUAAAAUUAAACUGAAAUAAUGUUUCACGUAAUAAAAUAAUGGUUUACAGGA